AGUUUGGAAUCGAGUGGUUUUUCUGACAUACCUGAACAGAACCCCAGGGUACUUGGAGAGGAACCUGUUGCCAGAGGAACUCUACUAUAAAAAUGAGCCCCACAGAUCCACUUGAUGAUGAAGACACAUUUAAAAUCCUGGUUGCCACUGAUAUUCAUCUUGGCUUUAUGGAGAAAGAUGCAAUUAGAGGAAAUGACACAUUUGUGACAUUUGAUGAAAUUUUAAGACUUGCCCUGGAAAAGGAAGUGGAUUUUAUUUUGUUAGGUGGUGAUCUUUUCCAUGAAAACAAGCCCUCCAGGAAAACCCUGCACAGCUGCUUGGAGCUGCUUAGGAAGUACUGUAUGGGUGACCGUCCUGUGCAAUUUGAGAUCAUCAGUGACCAGUCAGUCAACUUUGGUUUUAGUAAGUUUCCAUGGGUGAACUACCAGGAUGGCAAUCUCAACAUUUCCAUUCCAGUGUUCAGUAUCCACGGCAACCAUGACGAUCCCACAGGGGCAGAUGCCCUCUGUGCCCUGGAUGUUUUAAGCUGUGCUGGGUUUGUGAAUCACUUUGGACGGUCAAUGUCUGUGGAGAAGGUUGACAUUAGUCCGGUUCUGCUGCAGAAAGGAAGCACAAAACUCGCUCUGUACGGCUUAGGGUCCAUUCCAGAUGAAAGGCUCUAUCGGAUGUUUGUCAAUAAAAAAGUAACAAUGUUGAGACCAAAGGAAGAUGAGAACUCAUGGUUUAACUUAUUUGUGAUUCAUCAGAACAGGAGUAAACACGGAAGCACCAACUUCAUCCCAGAGCAGUUUCUGGAUGACUUCAUUGACCUCGUUAUCUGGGGCCAUGAGCAUGAGUGUAAAAUUGGCCCCACCAAAAAUGAACAGCAACUCUUCUACGUGUCUCAGCCUGGAAGCUCAGUGGUGACGUCCCUUUCCCCUGGAGAAGCUGAGAAGAAGCAUGUAGGCUUGCUGCGCAUUAAAGGGAGAAAGAUGAACAUGCAGAAGCUGCCUCUCCGCACAGUGCGACAAUUCUUCAUGGAAGACGUGGUUCUGGCUAACCACCCAAGCCUGUUCAACCCUGACAAUCCUAAGGUGACCCAGGCCAUCCAGAGCUUCUGUUUGGAGAAGAUUGAAGAAAUGCUUGACAAUGCUGAGCGGGAACGGCUGGGGAAUCCUCAGCAGCCGGAGAAGCCUCUGAUCCGACUCCGGGUGGACUACAGUGGAGGCUUUGAACCUUUCAAUGUUCUUCGUUUUAGCCAGAAGUUUGUGGAUCGAGUUGCUAACCCAAAAGAUGUCAUCCACUUUUUCAGGCACAGGGAACAAAAAGGAAAAACAGGAGAAGAGAUCAAUUUUGGGAAGCUCAUCACAAAACCUGCUUCAGAAGGAACAACGCUUAGAGUAGAAGACCUUGUAAAGCAGUAUUUCCAAACUGCAGAGAAGAAUGUUCAGCUCUCACUGCUGACAGAAAGAGGAAUGGGCGAAGCAGUUCAGGAAUUUGUGGACAAGGAAGAGAAAGAUGCCAUCGAGGAAUUAGUGAAGUACCAGCUGGAGAAAACACAGCGGUUUCUUAAGGAGCGCCAUAUCGAUGCUCUGGAAGACAAGAUUGAUGAGGAGGUCCGACGUUUCAGAGAAAGCAGACAGAGAAAUACCAAUGAAGAAGACGAUGAAGUUCGAGAGGCCAUGAGCAGAGCCCGGGCCCUCAGGUCACAGUCAGAGAACUCUGCCUCAGCCUUUAGUGCUGAGGAUCUGAGUUUUGAUACAGCGGAGCAGACAGCAAAUGACUCUGAUGACAGCCUGUCAGCAGUGCCUAGCAGAGGCCGAGGCCGAGGCCGAGGCCGAGGCCGAAGAGGAGGCAGAGGGCAGAGCACUGCACCCAGAGGAGGCUCUCAGAGAGGCAGAGACACUGGGCUGGAGAUCACUGCUCGAGGCCGGAGCUCAAAGGCCCCCUCAUCAACAUCUAGAAACAUGACCAUUGUAGACGCUUUCAGAUCUACCCGACAGCAGCCCUCCAGAAACGUAACCUCUAAGAAUUACUCAGAGACCAUUGAGGAGGAUGAAUCUGAUGAAGAUGACAUUUUUCCUACCAGUUCCAGGGCUGAUCAAAGGUGGUCAGGCACAACAUCUAGCAAAGGGAUGUCCCAGAGCCAGACAGCCAGAGGGGUGGACUUUGAAUCAGAUGAGGACGAUGACGACCCUUUCAUGAGUAGUAAUUGCCCAAGAAGAAACCGAAGAUAAUGUUGUUAAUGGAACUUAGAAAUUGUCACAAUGCAGGAAGAAAUCAAAGCACCAUGCUGACUUUAUAGCUGAAGAUGUUUGAACGAUGCCACUGACUAAGGAGCCUAAAACGCCUGGGUUUAUAUUUUAAAGUAUUGUUUCCUGAACGGUGACUCCCUUAAGCCAUUUCCUAGUCCAAUGAUAAGGAGAUGGCUGCUGCUUCUUAGCCUUUAACCUGGUUGUUAUCAUUGUCUGGGCUGCUCUGCCAUAUUGAGAACGCUAACUUCCAGAGUAACUGUGUUCCCUGCUUUAAGAACUUUGCUAAAAUUCCAUUCUUAAGAUUAGAGAAACUUAGCCGGGCGGUGGUGGCGCGUGCCUUUAAUCCCAGCACUUGGGAGGCAGAGGCAGGAGGAUUUCUGAGUUCGAGGCCAGCCUGGUCUACAGAGUGAGUUCCAGGACAGCCAGGGCUACACAGAGAAACCCUGUCUCGAAAAAAAAAAAAAAAAAAGAUUAGAGAAACUCCCUCCAUUAUUCAUUUCUGCUUCAUGAUCAGAGACUGUCAGCCUCUGCCACAGCUAGCAGUUGAUAAGAAAGCUUACAGACUUGGGCAGUCUGUGCUGUAGUCAUUCCCUGUAUCUCCAGAGAGCAGGCCCUCCUGUGUGUGGAGCAGCCUGAGGGCGCUGUUUGUUACCAAUGUGUGGAUUUCAGAGCUUGCUAGAGGACCAUCUACUAGGACCAGAAGAGCCUUAUAGCUCAAUAAUGCGUGUAAGGUUUUUGUUAGGGACUUUUGGUUGUUUUGGUUUUGAUGUUUAUUCAUGUUGUAGCAGAGAUUCAGGCCCUGUUCCCAUUGGGCAGUAGUCAUUUUCCUGAUGACUCUGUCAUUAAUGACAAGCUCUUUUUCUUUCUCAUAUACUUGUCAGGGAGAAAAGGCUAAUAGUUUUCCUAAAAAUAUUGAAAAUCUUUUUUAAAGCAAAGCAGCCAGCUGACCUUAGGAUUUGUUCAGGCUGACAUACUGCAAUACAGCUUCUGCCCAGUCGGUGCCUGACCGACACCAACAACACCACCAGCAACAGUGUACCAUGGCUUUAGUUGCUAUAAACGUCUCUGAAUAGAUGACUCCAGAGCUGACCGAAACAGCACACUUACAUUUCCUUAUUUGUUUUAGGAAGGAAAUAAAAAUGUUAUCCCUUCAGAGUUGAGUUAAAUAAUCUCAUUCCCUCUCCCACACUCUAAAAACCUCUGCUGGUCUUUUAAUUUUAUAAGGUAAAUGUGUUCACUCUUUGAGAAAAUCUGGAUCCCUCUAGCACAACAGCAUGAUGUUCUUUGUAGUUGUAGACACCCGUGCUCGGGCUCAACAGUGUUCAUGACCAUCACUUUAAUCCUGUCUGGAGCUCGCUAAGUUUUUGAAGCCCAGCACCUGACCAUACCACCAAGUCUUGAAAGUGGUUUGAGGUAGAAUUGUAAUUUAAUGUUAAUGAGCUGCUUAGAGCUUUGUAACUGAUAGGAGCAUAGGAUUGUCCGCAGGGAGCAUUAACAGCAGAAGGCCUGGUCCUGUGAGAUCCCUUCAGGCAGUUCUCCCCACACCCAUCUUUAUCACAUUAAACUUGAAGUGUUCCCAGGGUUUGAAUGGAGAUGAAGUGUGGGGCUCUGUGGGGUGGAGGCUAGUGGGAGGUGGUACUCCCUGAUACACUGGGUUGUGGUAGGCAGUAGGUGGUGCCUUGUCUUGUGUGCCAGUGAGAUGUUCCUAGGUGAGGUCACUAAAAUCCCUGACAGGCUCUUGGAAAGGUUAGUGAGGCUUUUCCUCCAUUAAAAAAACCUCAGCUAGAGUAUAAAAUGAUGCUGCUAGCUGCUGGGGGAAGUGAGUCCCUGGCAGUGUGGAAAUCUACCACGAGACUAGCAUGCAGCAUACCCUAGCAGUAUGGGAAGUACAAAGGGGUGAUACUAUUGAUUGAAGGCCACUGUGUAAUCAGCUGUACCACAAAGCUUCCUGGGGUUUGUUUAGAUGCAGCAAAUCUGGCAUUGGUUCUUUGGUGACAGUUUUCAGGCCUGUGGGUGUCAGCUGGAUGAAGUCUUGGGACCUGGAACAAGUUGUUCUUCCGUGACAGGUUUCUGAGAGGGAGCGGCAGAAAAUAAAGAAGAUAGGAACACUGGGCUCAGGAAAUCUUGCAAAGCUAUGUCUUUAUGCCAGGCAAGUUUCUUUAGAAGGACAGCAUCUUAUAUAGUGUGUUGUGGGGAAAUAGGACAUAAGCAGAAAGCUACCAUACAGUGGGGUGAAGUCAGUGGGAAGCUAGUCAAGCCAUGUUGCACAAAGAAACCAUAGGAUAUCGCAAGGGCACACCUUGGAUAUCAUUGACUGAGCACACCUUGGCCUUGGAACUGAUGAAUCCAGUCUCUUCAGAGGGAAAAGAUAAGUUCUCAGGAACCAAAAUCUUAACUCCAUCAAGGCCUGUCCUCAGCCCAGACCUUACCACAUGUGCCUUGGGUAAGGACACAGAACUGAGCUCUCUGUCCUCUCAUGGGGCAUCUUGGGAAUGCCUUGGAUCGGCCUGGCUCCCAGAUGAUUUUUGAGACCCCCAUUUGCUCUUAGGAUGUGAUAGCUCCACAAUGAACGAAGACUUUUGUCCUUUAUGCUUACCAAAGAGUCCAUAUUUUCCUGACAUUGCCUCCUCUGGAGAGCAAACUGCACCCCCAGCUGCUUCCACAUCAAGCCUCUAAACAGCAGAGUUUAAUGUAGGAACACAUGAAGCUUAUCUUUAUAAACCUUUAAAAUGCUGAUGACCGUAACUAUAGAAAUCUCCAUACUUAGACUUGUGCAGUGAUUGAGAAUCUAGUCAGCAAAGCUGUAAUUAUCCUCGAUAGUAUGUGCAGCGUAUUUCAUCUCUCCCCACCCAUUACAUAGAAUGGCUCAUUAGAUAGGUUUUACAUGCAAAGAUUCAAGAAGAAUCAACAGUUGAUGCCUUCAUAAAGGAAAAAAAAAAAACCUUUUACUAGAAAAAUUAAGUAAAAGUGGUCUCUUGGCAUAAAGUGUUAUUUCCUCCAAACUGAGCAGGUAUCCUUUUUUGUAUCUGUCAGACAUUUAAUUCCAACUAGUAUUUUGAGGGUUUUAAGACCUGACAUUAAAAUAUUACAAAAAAAAUACAAUAAAGAUUUUUCUUUGUUGGA